UUUGUUGCUAUUGUGGUGGGGGAUUUGUUCAAGAAUUAGACAAAAUGGUGCAUGUUGGUCCUACAGAUUUUUAUGGUGACGAAGAUCGAGGUGGGAGGUUUGGUUUCCUGGAUGCUUUUUCAGUCUUCAUGAGGCAGCGAUUGGUCAACAGAAAUUUUAACCAUAACAUCAGGGGAAGAGCAGAGUCGGUUCCUGAGCAUGAUGUAGCACUUGGUCCUAUGUUGAUUUUUGGUGGACAAAUUCCUUUUAGAUUGUCUGGGGUUGGUGGGGUUGAAGCUCUUUUCAAUGGGGCUCCUGGAAUCGGUUUAACACGAGGUUAUUCCGAGGAUUAUUUUUUAGGUCCUGCCGUAGAGGAUUUGUUUGAACAACUCUCAGCCAAUGAUCGGAGGGGUCCUCCCCCGGCUUCCCAGACUUCGAUUGAUGUAAUGCCCACUGUUAAAUAACUAGGAGGCAUCUUU